CAGUUUCCCAUGAAUGAAAUGGAAUUUCUUUCUAAAGAAGAGUUAAGAAGAAAGAUGUCAACAUCUUGGGGAGGAAAGAGUUUAUAUCUCUGUAGGCAAAAUUUGCAUGAAUUGCCUGCAGCUUUGUUUGAAUUGACUGAGUUGGAGGAACUUUACCUGUCAGAGAGUAAACUUACAACAAUACCUGAAAAUCUCGGAAAUCUAAACAAUCUUACGAUACUUGUUGUGAGUACAAACCAGCUGUCCAUAUUCCCUACAAGUUUGACUCAGCUGAAAAAACUCAGAGUGCUGAACAUCGGAGAUAACAAUCUAACCAGCAUCCCUGAUGCUAUUGGGGAGAUGGUGGAGCUGGAGAUACUGUGGCUGAAUGACAACCAGUUGACUGUGUUGAGUCCAGCUAUAAAACAGCUGAAGAAACUCAGAGUGCUGAACAUGGCAUAUAACAAUCUAACCAGCAUCCCUGAUGCUAUUGGAGAGAUGGUGGAGCUGAAGCAACUGUCGCUGAGUGGCAACCAGUUGACUGUGUUGAGUCCAGUUAUAAAACAGCUGAAGAAACUCAAAUAUUUGGAUGUGAGAGGGAAUCCUUUUACAGUUGAAGGAAUGAGAAGUGUUAUGGAGCUAAAGGAUAAGGAUUACUUUUUAUUAUUAGAUGUCCCAG